AUGCAGUCCCGCCGGAACUCCGCCACGUCACCAUUGCGCCUGGGCGCCUAUGUCGACAUAGACACUAUGAUCCAAAAGGCUCUUAACCGAGAAUUGCUGCCUGUUCGCGACCUGCGAAGCCUGUGUGAGAAGGCCCGAGAAGUGUUCAUCGACGAAGGCAAUGUGCGCUCUGUGGAGCCUCCGGUCACCGUGUGUGGCGACAUCCAUGGGCAGUUUGACGAUCUCCUUCAUUUGUUCGAAGUCGGCGGGAUGCCACCGGACACCAGAUACGUUUUCUUGGGGGACACUGUGGACCGGGGGCACCACAGCGUGGAGACCUUGACCCUUCUACUGGCUCUGAAGUUUGAAGAUCCGGAAGUCGUAGAGGAGAACACGAAUGAUUCUGAGCCGUGUGCGCUGGUCAUCGAAGACUCUAAUUCUCCGGGAGUUGUUCAAGAGGAUGAUGAAGAUAUUCCGAUGGAGCCUUUCCCCGAGGAGCACGCUGAAAUCGUAAUUCCUGGCUACUUAAAGGAACGAGCUGAAGUUUUCCAAAGUUUCGGACCAACUGAGUGGGAGAGUUUAAUGGAUCUUGCGAGUGUGGUUAAAACAAAGUCAAUUUCUUUAAUUGCAAAACGGGGUUUGGAUUCGGAAGUGGAUGAGACUGAAAAGGAGCUAGCGAGGGAGAAGGUUAAAUUGGAGAAUUUGAAGGCGGCAGUAAAGGAACUUGAGGACGAGAAGAGUAAUUUGGAGGAGAGGAAAAAGAUAGCAGCUUUGCAGAAGGAGAUGGCUGUUCUCGCUGCUAAGGAAGCUGAUUUAAGUGCACUCGAAUUUCUUGGGUGUAUUAAAAGAAAGGCUGCUGGUGAUCUGUCCUCCGUGCUACUGAGACUGCAAGGUUUAAAAGAUCUGUGGUUUGAAGAAGGUGCGGGUUGCAAGGUUUAUUCUGAAGAGAACGUGUGGAUUCUUCAGCUCGGGGAAAGCUCGGACAAGAUCACGAUUCGAGUUGGAAAGCUGGAGCAUCUGAUGACUCGUUUCGUCAAGGAGAACAAGGUACCCGGGAUUCGUCAACCACCAUCGUCUGCUCCUCAGCCAAAGGUGUCGAGUUUAAUGUCUCCUGGACCUCUGAGGUCAAUUUUAAAAACAAUCGAGAAUUCCGCUGGGGCCAGUACCUCGGGGGUAAAAAGAGCGUCGACUUCAAGUUUAAUGACGGGUGUUGGAGCCACUGUUAAACGGCGUAAGCUUCGAGAAAAUCCAAAGUUUCUUAUCGGUGGAUUGACUGAUGCUAAUCUUGAGAAGUUUAUGGAGGGGAAGCAAUUUAUCCCUGAGAAGCCCGUAGAAUAUCGUCGAAAUGUAGCGCAGAGGUUGGGUCUAACGUCAGAACAUUUAGAAAGACUCGAACCAAUUCAACUGCCUGUUCCGGGUUGUAUUGUGCAAGAUUGGCAGCAUAAUACGCCCGAAUUCUCGAAAAUAAUUGAGGAGAGGACAUCGGAUCCCUUAAAACCUCAGGUUUUAGUUAUCGGGACCUCUUUGACGUCGUACAUACGACUUGGAGAUGGUAAAGAUACGUUCGCUGGUCACGUUAGAGACGACAAGUGCACUCAAAAACCAGUUUUCGACUUCUCGCACUUAUUUGCGGAUUUGCCGAUCUCCCUUUAUCAGUACUCUAUCAGUGGACUAUCCUUCAAAUACGGGCAAGCGUACACUCCGGAAAAUCUUCGAGAGAUGGUGUAUUCUGAUUUAAAACUUAAAAGUAACUUUCAAUUUAAUCAGGUUUAUAUUAGAAUUGGAACCAAUGAUAUAAAGGAGGUCGUUCGACGACAAACAAAUUUGGACUUUUCUGAUAUGAAUGGUUUUAUUGAGAAGUUGUUUGAGUUUUUGGGAAGCUUGAGCAAGGUGUACCAGGCAGGAAUCAUCGAUGAGUGCUUCUCUUUGGAGUACAUUCGCGGAAGUUACAAGUCGUUGGAUUCCUCAAGUUUCAAAAUCAAAGACAUUCAUUCUGGGAAGAUCGUCGUCGGAGCUCUUGUGCGGAUUAAAGAUACGACGCAAGUGAAGAUAGUGAUUACUAAAACGGCUGCAGGAUUUUGGUUAGUGGGAAAGGGAGGACCAAUGUAUUCGGAUGGUCGUAAUCUUGAGUUGUUGUGA